AUGCCGCCGUCACGACCAACCGUCCGAUGCUGCCGCGCCGUCCAGCAACAGCUUCAAGCUUCGCCCGACAAUGUAUGGAUCACGGAUGGUCUGUUGGCGAGCGCCUUUGAGCGCUACUGCCACGUAUCACGCCUCACGAGACGGAAAUCGAGCUCUGUGCCCGGCCCGCUGGAGAAUCGACGAAGACUGGGCAAGAGAAGGAUGGCAGAGAUGCACAUGGACGGACACUCGACCCUACCUCCCUGGGCCAUUGAGUUCCCGAUCGAUCUGAGCCAAUGGAAGUGGCAACCGCCGACACUUCGUACAUCAAAGGACCAGAGGGAUGAUCUACAGAGCCAGCAAAGUCAAUCUCUGCUAUCUCGCGUUUACAGAUGGUCAAUGUCAGAACAACAGAUGAAAGAGGAGGAAGUUGACCGGAACGGCAUUGAGAAUGCGCCAGCCUCCACAUUUGACGAUCGGCUGUCUGAAGCCCGAGCCGCCGUUGCGGCAUCGACACGGAAGGCGAUCGACUCGGGCUAUUACGACUUUAUCGAGGGGCUUCAAAAGGAACUGAAAUUGGGUGCCCUCGAUCCCAGAGCCGUGGACAUGGCUGUUUCGAAAUUCCCCGAGUCUUUGACCGGGACAAGCGCUGACGGCGAGACGGUCAGCACAGCCAUUGAGCUGUUUCUUUCGGCCGUUGUCAACGGAAUCGCAUCUUCCAAAGUUUUGGGCCCGUCAGAGUUUGACGCGAGCUUUUGGAAUCUUGUGCUGAAUCGGACGUCUCAGCUGCGGGCCAAUGACGCGACGAUUCUCUUAUUCCAGGCUACGCUCGAUGCGGUCCCUCGCCCAUACCUGAACGAUGUCCACGAGGGCAUCAUUGCGGCAGUGCAAACACUAGCCGUGUCUCAGUCGACGGGGCGCAGACGGGCCGCGGACAUUGGCGUUGCGCUCCGCGAAUUGUCACCCGACAACCACGGUGCGCUUCUCGAGGGGAUCGAAAUCGCAGUCUAUCAAGGUUCAGUGGUCUUUGAGGAGGAAGCCCGCCAAAAGCUUCAUUUCCUUUGGCUGCAGGUCUUGGCACACAUGCCGCUGGUCGACUCUGUCUAUCUCUUUGACGCUUGCGUCAGGUCCAAAUACUUUGACCGCGAGCUACCCUGGCACGAUGACCGAGAUCUCAGCCAGCUUGUCCUCCAGCAAUGGACUAGCCGUGGGUACCUAGGUGACCACGAGGCUGUCGCAGCAUUCUGGGACCGCGAAUCGUCCAGACAUGCGACUUCGAGCCUCGCUGCCCUAGUAGCCGGUAUUUGCGAAAUUGAGCACGAUAAACCAAAGCAUUUGAGGAGGGAACAUGUCUGGCUAAUCAAAAACCUCAUGAAGCUGCUGAGUCGCUUCGGUCGCCAGGAUCAGCUCAUCGUCUCGAUGCAACGUUUUGCGGAAACCAGGGAUUCGAUACCUGUCAUGCCGUUCAUGCGAGUCGCGUCAGCCAGUCAUGAUUACAAGACGGCCCUCAGGCUAAGGUCGAUCCUGCUCUCACACGAGAAGAAGCUGGAGAGCCGAAUCGAGUCACAGUGGCAUUGGACGGCUUGGGUGCCCUACAUCAAGUCCAUGAUCAGAGACGAAUCGGUAACAUCCCGGGACAUUUGGUGGGCAGUACACUGCGGAGACGGCAAGAUGAAGCGGUACGAAGCGAAACGGCACGAGCUCUCGAUCAGGAGGAAAGCUCUCAUGGAAGACAUGACGGUGUGGUUCGCGAGCGCGGCGAACCGGUCGGAGAGGAGCACGUUUCGAGAUAUGUCCAGGUGCAUCAGCUGGCUCCGGAACAACAAGGUGCCGCUCAGCAACCGCUCGAUGGCGGCCAUCGCCAAGGUGGCCACGCGCGAGCUCAAGAAGGGCGAGUUCGGGCGGACGCAACGCCUGCUCUGGUUGCUGGAUGUUAUAGGACAGUCCAGGGGACCCGAGCAGAGGGCUCUCGUCGCCCGGGUGCUGCAACGGUGGAGGCAGGCCAAUUCCGAACUAGAGAGGAAGAGGUGCCGUGAGGCUGAAGGGGUGCCGGACGCCCAGCGGAUCAGAGAGGCGAUUGGGGCUCCGGAAAGGAGCAAGUGGUAG